CUGCUCUCACACACAGCCCCGACGUGCAGGAUGCCCCACAAGAUCGGAUUCGUAGUUGUCAGCUCAUCUGGACACGAAGACGGCUUCAGUGCCCGGGAGCUAAUGAUCCAUGCACCGACUGUCAGCGGGUGGAGGUCACCGAGAUUUUGCCAGUUUCCACAAGAAAUCGUUCUACAAAUGGUGGAGAGAUGUCGAAUAAGAAAACUACAGUUGCUUGCUCAUCAGUAUAUGAUUUCCAGUAAAAUCGAGUUCUACGUUAGUGAGAGCCUGCCUGAAUAUUUCGCACCAUAUCAAGCAGAGCGGUUUCGAAGGCUUGGCUACGUCUCUCUCUGUGACAAUGAAAAGACAGGUUGCAAAGCCCGGGAACUAAAAUCGGUUUAUGUGGAUGCAGUAGGACAGUUUCUUAAGCUGAUUUUUCACCAAAACCAUAUCAACAAGUACAAUGUAUAUAAUCAGGUUGCUUUGGUUGCAAUAAAUAUCAUUGGAGACCCUGCAGAUUUCGGUGAUGAAAGCAAUAUUACCUCUAGAGAGAAGCUGAUUGAUCAUUAUCUAGGGCACAACACAGAGGACCCAGCUCUCGAAGGAACUUGUUCUGGGAAGUCUGACUAUAUUUCCCCACUAGAUGACUUGGCCUUUGACAUGUACCAGGAUCCGGAAGUGGCACAGAUUAUCCGCAGGUUAGAUGAAAGGAAGCGCGAGGCGGCCCAGAGGGAGCGCUACGAUGACGCCAAGACGCUCAAGCAGGCCAUCGCCGACCUGCAGAAGGUCGGGGAGCGGCUGGGCAGGUACGAGGUGGAGAAGCGCCGUGCCGUGGAAAAGGAGGACUACGACCUGGCCAAGGAGAAGAAACAGCAGAUGGCGCGCUACCGCAGCCAGGUGUACGGGCGGCUGCAGCUGCACGGGCUGGUGGACGCCGAGCUGAUACGAAGGCCUCUGGACUUGCCUCUCCAGCCCCUGGUCCAUUCCGACAGCCCUCACCACCAGCAGCCCGCGCUCUCACUGCCACAGCCAAAAGAAAGGGGGACAGAAAACCAGUUUGCAGACCCUUUCCUUCAGGAGAAGCCUUCAUCGCAUCCCCUGGACAUUUCUCCUCAGCAUUGCGUGGUGGACCGGUCACCCCCCGCCGCAGGUCCUCCUCCCAAGGCCCAUCUCGAGUCCCUGCCCUACGAUGAGCGGCCCCUUCCCGCGACCCGCAAGCAGCCUGGGGCAGUGGCCACGGAGCCAGAGACGAGGGACACGGACAGCAGCGAGCCUCCCAGAGCAGGCACCAUGGGCGAGCCUGAGCCUCUAACAGAGAAGGCCUUGCGCGAAGCCAGCUCCGCCGUGGACGUGCUGGGAGAGGCCUUGGUGGCCGGGGCCUAUUCCAAAACAUGGUCGCACCGGGAGGAUGCGCUGCUCGCCCUGUAUAAACAGCUGAUGGAUGCACCGGCGGCAACCCCAAAGGAAGACCUGAAGAGCAUGCUGAGGGCGGCCGUAUUCCUCAUCAGGAGAGCCAUCCGAGACAUCGUGACCCCAGUCUUUCAGGCAUCUUUGAAAUUGUUGAAAAUGUUAAUCACGCAAUAUAUUCCUAAACAUAAACUGGGUAAGCUUGAAACAACUCACUGUGUGGAAAGGACCAUUCCUGUUCUGCUCACGAGAACUGGAGAUUCUUCAGCUCGCCUCCGUGUUAUAGCUUCCAAUUUUAUUCAGGAAAUGGCCUUGUUUAAGGAAGUGAAGUCUCUCCAGCUUAUCCCAUCUUACCUGGUCCAGCCAUUAAAAGCCAACUCCUCGGCUCACCUGGCCAUGAGCCAGAUGGCGCUGCUGGCCCGGCUGCUGCGGGACCUGGGCACGGAGGGCAUGGGCUUCACCGUGGACAGCGUGAUGCGGUUCGCAGUGCGGGCCCUGGAGCACAGGGAGCACAAGGUGCGGGAUUCGGCAGUGGGCAUGAUCCUGGACCUGUACGUGCAGCACCGGGCUCUGGUCCUCGAGUGCCUCCCUCCCGAGGAGAGUGCCACCCGCAGGAGCGUCCUCUAUAAGACACUUUUUGAGGGAUUUGCUACGUUAGACGGCAGACCUACAGAUGCUGAAAUUAGGGCACAGAAAAGAGCAGCUACAGAAGAAGCAGAAAAACGCAAGAAAGAAGAAAUUAAAGCUUUACAAGGGCAGUUGGCGACACUAAAGGAGGUGCAGGCUGAAGUCCAGGAAAAAGAGAGUGAAGCUGCGAAGGCCAAGAAUCAGGACACUCAAGGAAGGAAAGCGGCCCCACCUAAUGCUCCAGAAAUUCCAGAUAAUCACUAUUUAGAUAAUUUAUGCAUUUUUUGUGGGGAGCGGAGCGACUCCUUCACAGAAGAAGGCCUGGAUCUCCAUUACUGGAAGCACUGUCUUAUGCUGACGAGAUGUGACUACUGCAAACAGGUGGUGGAGAUUUCCAGCCUGACGGAACACCUGCUGACGGAGUGUGACAAAAAGGACGGCUUUGGGGAGUGUUACCGCUGCAGCGAGGCCGUUUUAAAGGAAGAGCUGCCCAGACACAUAAAAACGAGAGACUGCAACCCUGCCAAAGCGGAGAAGCUGGCGAACCGGUGUCCUCUGUGCCACGAGAAUUUCACCCCUGGAGAAGAGGCGUGGAAGGCCCACCUCAUGGGCCCCGCAGGCUGCACAGUGAACCUGCGCCGGACGCACGUGCUGCGCAAGGCGCCCACGCUGCCGCCAGGUAGAGGCCCAGCAGCAACCAAGUCAGGGACCUCAGGAUCCAAGGUCGGAAGCAAGAUCCCCACCCCCAAGGGGGGCCUGAGUAAAAGCUCCGGUAGGACGUACACAAAGCGGUGA